AUGAAGGCACGCAGGCGCACCCGGGACUGGACACAGUGCCAGAGCAAGAUCAAGGCCCUGAAAUGUGUCAAGGAUGAGAACUCUCAUUCUGGGGCAGUACACACAAUUGGUCCAUUCUACGACCAGCUGUCCAUCAUUCUCUCUAAGGAUAUGGACAAGGCUUCUUGUCUCCAGGUAUUUGGGAGUGGUGUUGUCCUGGACAGCACACCUAAUGAAGGAACCACAGAGUGUCCUGAGACUGAAACAGUAAGCAUGUUGGAGCCAUGCUGCUCGCUGAUGCUGGAUGACAGGGAUGGCCAAGAAGAAGUGACCUUGAUCCUGAACCCAGUCUCCCUGACACCUUCACCGAUUAAUGCAUCAGACCACCUUCUUGGUGCAUCAGACCAUCAGUUAACGCACUGGUUAAUGCAUCAGAAGUUCCUGAGACCCAAAGAUUGGUUUUGGUUUUUGAGACGCAAGAAGAUGCACAGCCAGGGACUUCUACCACACCCGAUGGAAGCCAGGGAUGUGCGUCCAAACCUAGGACUCCAGCUUGGGAACAGAGAAAAUGCAGGAAUACCGCCACAGGCGGUGACACUCCAGAGAGAGCAUGACUUUGGUGGAGGCCACACAAUCCUGAGUGACUGCCAUUCUGAUCGGUGGGAUGAAGUCUGGGAGGGUGCUCAGGGAAGAUGA